AUGAGUGUCAAGCAAAGUCAUAGAUUUUCAUCUGGGUCCGGCUGCUUUGGCGUCACCCACAGCAUGCAUGGAGGAGGCUACGGAGGCCUAAGAAGUUCCUUAGGAGGGUAUUGUGGCAUCGGUGGUGGAAGCAUUGGUGGUGGAAGCAUUGGUGGUAAAAACGAAGGCAUGCUGAAUGUCUGCGAGAAAGAAACCAUGCAACUGCUGAAUGACCGACUGGCAAACUAUCUAGGCAGAGUCCGCUCUUUGGAGGAGGAAAACGGUCAGUUUGAGAGGAAGAUUAGAGAAUGGUAUGACAAACAGGUGCCAUUCGCCUUCCCCGAUUUCAACAACUAUUACAGGACUAUUGAAGAACUUCAGAAUAAGAUUCUCCAUGCAUGUUCUGGAAAUGCCAACCUAAUCCUGCAGAUUGAUAAUGCCAGACUGACCUCUGAUGAUUUCAGGAACAAAUUUGAAAGUGAAGCUUCUUUCCGCAUGGGGGUUGAGGGAGAUAUGAAUGGCCUUCGCCGAGUCCUGGAGGAGCUCAACAUGACCAACAGUGACCAAGAAAUGCAGAGACAGAAUCUGAACGAGGAGUUGACCUUCCUGAAGAAGAAUCAUGCUGAGGAAGUGGGCAGCCUGCGCUCUCAGCUGGGAGCAAGGGUAAACGUGGAAGUGGAUGCUGCUCCUGGUGUGGAUCUAAACCGAGUUUUGGGCGAAAUAAGAGACCAAUAUGAAACCAUAGUGGAGAGGAACAGGAGGGAGGCUGAGAACUGGUUCUUGAACAAGAGUGAAGAGUUGAACCAGCAAAUAAGCAGUGGAGCCAACCAACUACAGACAGUCCAGACUGAAGGCAUCCAAAUGCGAAAUACAAUUCAAGGCCUGGAGAUUGAACUGCAGUCUCAAAAUAGCAUGAGAGGGGCCCUGGAAGGCACCUUUGCAGAUACUGAAUCCCGCUACGGUGGUCAACUUUCCCAACUUCAAUGCCUGAUUAAUAAUGUCGAAUCACAACUAGGAAACCUUAGAUCAGACCUGGAAAGACAAAGCUUUGAGUAUAAAGCGCUCAUGGAUGUUAAGACACACCUAGAAAUGGAGAUUGCAACAUACAGGCGCCUGCUUGAAGGAGAAGACAGACAGCGAGGCUCAACCAGAGACAUGGGCCAAAACAGGUCAAAGACAGUGACCAUGGUGGAAGAAGGGUGUCGUAAAGCUUAAUCGGCCUAUGAAUAAGUGUUGAGACCAUGCACCGAACCCAAUGUUGGCUUUGUAGCAUUUCUAAACUUGCUGAAUGAUUUUGCUCAUCUUUUUUGCAUUGUACCGCAGAUCUCUCAUAUCUUGGGAUUGUUCUGGGUUUCUUUAUAUGAACUUCUGAAAACUGUACC